AUGCAACACAGCAGCGGCAGCGGACGUCCAACAGGAGGUGAGAACAAAUGCAAGCUCUGCUCCACCAAAUUCAACGCAGUCAAUCGCAAGCCGGUGCGCGUGUGCGCCAACUGCCACAUGCGGUUCCUGCUCAUCCGAAACGAGAUCGACUUCACCUUCCUCUUCGAGGAGAAGGGACGACGUGGCAGCGAAAGCCUCGAUUCGGCGAUGUCGCCUCGUGGCAGUCUGUCGGGCAGCAGCUCGCCCUUCAUCACGCCCCGUCGCAGCGCCGACGGAAACGACGCUGACGACGACGACAGCCACGAGGAGUCGCAGCAGGCGGGCAAGCGCGGGUCGGACGAGGGCUCGGGCCUGUUCAAGCGCGGCGGCAGCAAGCGCCUGCUGCGCGUGGUCACCAAGAAGGGCAGCCACCGCGAAUCGAGCGAGUCGGGCUCGUCGCUCUCGAGCUCGGGCAGCGGCGUGGUGGUGACGACAUCAUCAUCUCUACAGUCCUCGUCCUCGUCAUCGUCUUCGCCGUCGUCGCCAUCGUCGGCGGCGCAGACGGUCGGCUCGUCGACGAUGGAGUUCGAUCUGAAGGAGCGCGACGUGCGCGAGGCUGUCGUGAAGCUGCAGCUACCCAUCUUCUUCAUCGACCGGCGCACGAUCGAGGUGGUCCAGCGCAAGACGGUCGUCUUCAACGCCGGCGCGCCCAUCCUGCUCUCCGGCCGCCCCUCCUCCGGCGAUGGAUUGCACUUGAAGCUGGCCGAGGUGAACAUCGCGUUCUGGGUGCUGGGCGGUGAGGCGCAGGCGACCAACCACAAGCGGGCCAGCAUGCGCAAGCAGAGGACCGGCAAGGGGAGCAUGAAGUACGCCGUCAUCCUCGACGGCCACCCGAUCGCCGACGAUAGAGGCCCCGACCGCACCGAGCUCAGCGUCGUCUUCAAGAAUCUGCAACUCUUUGAUUGGCUGUCGUUUAGUCGCGCGAUGCGUGAGUUGACCACCCUCACCACCAUCCACCGAGCCGAGAAUCCCAGCGGGAGCCCACGCAUGCCGUCCAAUGAAAUGGCGCCGUAUUUCGUUCAGCUGUUGGGUGUGUGCGUGACCGACGGCUCCAACGGCCUGCAGAUGGGCUUCGUCUUCGAGCCCAUGACCAAGGGCUCCCUCCGCAAUUGCCUCAUCCAGUGCCAGGAGGAGCUGAACGAGCCCGAACUGACCUUUGAAAUCGCGCGUCACAUCGCCGUGGCCAUGACGCUCCUGCACGACAAGUUCGGCUACAUCCACGCCAACCUCUCGCCUGAAAACAUUCUGGUCGCAGACGAUUGGACGGUGAAGGUGGGCGGAUUCGGCAAUGCCGUGCGACCGGAGGGCAUCCCCUACGCCGCGCGCUCGUCGCCCUCCCCGCGCUUCCACCUGGCGCCGGAGGUGUUGAAGCGAGGCGAGUACUCGUUUGCGAGCGACGUAUACUCGUACGGCAUGAUCCUGGUGGAGCUCACCACCCUCCAACCGCCCUACAAGCAGGAGCAGUUCAAACAGCUCCGCAAGAUCACCGUACAUACCGAGUUGGGCGAAGCGAUCGAGUCGUACGGUCUGCUGCCGGCGUUCGACCAGACCAUCGAAAUCGGCGCCCUCAUCUGCCAGUGCCUGUCAGUCGACCCCAAGGCCAGAAUCGCGUUCGUUAGGCCCACGUUCGUGGAGAUCGUGAAGCGCUUGGACGAGAUGAAGGAGCAGUGCAUCGCCGAGAUGCGGUACAACAUGAACAAGCGGGUGUCCAGAAUGCCCAAGAAGAAGCCGAAGCUGACCGGCCAGGACCAACAGCAGCCCACGCUCCACGUGCGCAUCAACGAAGCCGACAACACCGUGCAGGAGAAGAAGAUCGAUGACGUCGCCGUGCAGGAGAAGAAAAUGAUCGAUGAUGGCGCCGAUCAGCGGCAGCAGCAGCAGACCAGCGAGCAGGGCGAGGGCGACGAACAAGAAGAAAGGGAGAAGGAGGGCGAGGUGAAGAAAAACGAAGGCGCGCCGGGCGACGACGACAACAAAGCGAAGGCGAAGAAGGAGAUGGAAGAGGAGGCGGUCGCGGCAGCCAAGCGGAGGGCGGAGGAAGAGGCGGAGGAAAUCGAAAGAGCGAAAGCGAAGAAGGAAGAAGCGAUCGCGAAAGCGAAGGCGGCAGGGGAGGAGCGCGAGAGGCUGAAGAGAGAAGAAAGAGAGGAAAGCGAACGGCAUUGGAAGCGGCAGCAGGAACUCGAAGAGGAGGCCGAGCGGGAGAAGGUGCGGGAGCGCAUCCGGCAGAUGAUCCCCACCCGCGACGAGGGCAAGCUCGCCACCAUGGCCAAGGUGGAGCAGCUCAAGGGCCGCGUCACAUCAUCAUCAUCACCUUCAUCUUCAUCGUCGUCUUUGUCGACAGAAACGCCGGAGGAGAGGCAACAAAGAGAGAAGGAGGAGCGGGCGCGACGAGUUCGCGAGUUGACCGAGAAGCGGCGGGUUGGAAGGCCUCAGCCCCAGCCAACUGCAGCGCCCGCGGCUGCGCCGGCUGUCGACAACACGGAAAAGGAGGAAGCGGAGGCGGCUGCGGCAGUGGAAGAACGAAAGCGAGAGGAAAGAGAAGAGAUAGAGGCCGAAGAGCGAAAGCGAGAAAAAGACGAAAACGAAGAGAAAGAGGAGGCGGAGGUGGUGGCGGUAGUUGAGGAGAGCGAGGAGGAUCGCAAGCGGCGGGAGCGGGACGAGCGGAUGCUGAAGGUGAAGCAGAUCGAGGAACGCAUGAAGAAGCGCUCGUCGGCCUACGCCUCCCCGGCCUCCUCCUCGCCCGCCUCCCGCAGUCCGCCCACCAGCAACCCCGCCUCGUGCCGCUCCAGCGUCCGCACCACCCCCGUCGCUGUCGCUGCCACGUCAUCAUCACCAACCGCGACGCCGGGCCAGUCCGUCGACGGUGGCGAAGCCGACGCCGACGACGAGCAGCUGCUGCUGGAGCGGAAGCGGGGCCUGAGCAUUACCGAGGCCGAGCGGCAGGCGCGGAAGAACAUGGUGCGGGCCGGGAGGGAGCGGCAGGACAGCCUGGAGUGCACCGCGGCGCAGCUGGCAGCCGGCGGUGGUGGUGCGGACGACGGCAUGGGGCUGGGCAUCGUGGACGAGGUGGCUCGCAUGAUCGGCGAGCUGGCCGAACACGACGAAGACAUCCGACGCCUCAAGCUCGUCUAA